GUGAGUGGCUGCCCCCCGAAACUGCGCUGGGGUGAGAGGCUGCCCCCCAAAAAUUGGGCUGGAAUGAGGGGCUGCACCCCAAAAUUGGGACGGAACGUGCCGCUGCCCGGGUUUGGCGGGAACCCAGCGCUGCCUCUGGGAUCAGUGGAUUUUAAUGCUGGAUAUUUGUGGCGGUUCCGCUGUUCCCACAGCUCCGAGGGGGCCCCGGGGGAGGCGACAGCGCCGAGUUUCGCUCCAUCUGCCGGACAAUCCCCUCCUUGUCCCGCGCUGCCUCCAAGAGCUGCUCCCCGAAGUUUUCCCGAACAGUUGCUCCUUUCUAGCUCCGUUUAUCUGCAGGAGCCAUCGGCCGAAACCCUGUUCCCGCAUAGGGAGGGAAACCCAGGAAUCCCAGUGGGCAGCCUUGGAUUACAGGCUCUAUUAAAGCAAGAAUGGGAAUAAAAGGCUUCUGUGACCCAGAGGGAUUUUGGGGGAGGGUUCUGAAACCAAGUCACCUUUCCUGCUGCGUUUGCAUCAAUGCACCAGCCAGGUGGGGCGUGGGGGUGCUGGAGGUCCCCAAAAAGCAGGUCUGGCCCUGAUGGGAUUAUUUUUUGGUUUCCCGUGGUUUUUAGAGGGACAAAUUAUGUUGGAUUUAGGAGUUUCAGGGCUUCUCUCUGCUGUGCCAGGGCAGCCAGGCAUCCUAUGAUCCUGCAUCCCACAUCCCCACCUGGGAUGGCCCCUGGAGGCCUCCAAAACCGGGUGAUGAGCCCUGGGGUGGCCGUGACUCGGCAAAGCUCCAGUGCCAACCAGGAGCUGGCACGCUUUGAUCCUUGUGCCUCCUACAUCCCUAUUGGUCACCUAAGGGAUGUCCUUAAUCCCUGGAUUAAGCCUGGCCUCAGAUCUGCUUUACCUGGGGCCAGCCCUCUUCCUGGUGGGGUUUAAAUCCCUCUGUGGGCAUCUGGAAUUCUCUGGGGAGCCGGGAUGCUCCGGCAGCCUGGGAUGUGCCAGCCUGUGGCAUCGUUCCCGAGGUGCUGGAACCCCACAGCCCCAGAGGAUUAAAAUGCUUCACAUUAGGCUUGAACUCGAGUUUUACUAGUGCUGGCUUAGUUCUUCUCCCUCUGUGCUUGAGGGGCACAUCCCAAAUGCUGGGGGGAUUCCAGAGGUGGGCUGGUUGGCUCCAUGCUGGCACCUGAUGGGGGGAGGAACUGGAGCACAGAGGAUGCUCAUUUUGGGUUGUCCCAACCCACAUCCCAAAAACACCUGGCUCAGCGCCCCCAGUACCCCCUCUCAUGUUUAAUGAGCUGCAUCUCAGGCCACUAAUUAGUACAAACUCGUCAGGCAGAGGCUGUACCGAGGCUCCCAAGGACCGUGACGACCGGGGGAGUUUCCAUGCGGGCGGCAGGAUUUCCAUGUGGAGCCUGGAUCCGGGUUUGGGUUGUUGGUGUCCCCUGGUGAUGAAGAGGAGCGGGAUGCGCUGGUGGCUCGUCACCGUCCUGGGGGUGCUGAGCAGACUCGUGGGGGCCGAGAGCUGGAAUUCCCGGGAGCACAGGACACCGGGAUGCCCUCCCGGGGAGGAGCCCAGCGGGGAUCCAGGGAGGACGUGCCGAGCUUGUCCCCCCGGCACCUUCUCCCUGGGGGACACACCCUGUGCCGCUCACACCCGGUGCCGGGCCGGGAACAGGAUCCUGGUGGCCGCGGGGACAGCGGGAAGUGACAGCCGGUGCGGAGCCUGCCUGCCGGGGUUUUACAGCCCCGAAGGGGAGAGGGACCCCCGGGGCCGGUGCCUGCCCUGCGCCGCUGCCCCCCGCAGCACCCUGGGGUGCCCAGGCCGGCGGCGGGUCCGCAGCCCCGAAACGCCGGGACGGGCACUGGGAACCAACGGGACACGGGUGACCCCGAGGGGAGAGGAAGAGGAGGCGGCGGCGGCGCAGGCGGCCGUGCUGACCAUCGUCCCGGUCUUCUGUGCCAUGGGAUUGCUGGGAAUCCUGGUGUGCAACCUGCUGAAGAAGAAGGGGUACCACUGCACCGCCAGCAAGGAGCCCCAGCCCGGCGGCACCGGUCCCAGCUCCAUCUACCAGCUGGAGGACACCAACGAGGACACCAUCGGGGUGCUGGUGCGGCUCAUCACUGAGAAGAAAGAAAACGCGGCGGCGCUGGAGGAGCUGCUGAAGGAGCAUCGCAGGCAGCAGCUGAUGCCACCGAGCUGGGCCCCCCUGCAUAAGCUGCACCUCCUGCCGCAGUUUGCCCCCUCCUGUCACCACCAGCAGCACCCGCACACGGUGCAGGGCCCGGCCCCCUGCGCCCGCUGCACACAGAAGUGGCCGGAGGUGCUGCCACCCCCCGGGGCCACCAAGGUCCCCAAGCCCGGCGAGGUGACCAUCCUCUCCAUCGGCAGGUUCCGCGUGUCCCGGAUCCCGGAGCUCAGGAGCGAGGCGGGGGCUGAGCCCCUCCGGGGGCCCCUCCCCGGCAGCGGGAUGAGACCCCCGUGGCUGAAAAGCACCGACGGCCCCCCCGAGGUGGCUCCUGGCCCGGGGGUGGCCUCGGGGGGGCAGUGACACCCACACAGACCCCUGGGCGUUGUGUCAGGCCAGUCCCACUCAGAGCCACGAGGAGCUGGAGGUGCAGCUCAGCCUCUGCUCCUGCCACCGAGGUGUCCAGUGGCAGUACAGCAAAUCCAAGGUCCUGCUCAGGUGGUGGGAAGGAUUCCCCGUGCCGAGGUCCGGCGUGGCAGCCUGAUGGACACAAUCUCUAGGAGCCACGGCACAGCUCCACUGGGAACCACUGGAUGACGUCCAUGGUCACUUCCUGGGUCUGUUGAGCUGAAGCCCCUCCAGGACCACCACAAGCUCCUGAUUUCCCUCCAUCACCAGCUGCCAGGAUAACGACAGUCACUGGAUCACGGGAUAACAACCACCUCGCCAACAACCCCACUGGGCAUGGAUUGCUCCGGGCAAAGCUGGUCUCCUGCCUCCAUCCACCCUCUAUCUGAAGUCUCCAUCAGCCCAGGAGAACACGGUGGGGACGCUCCCCAUGAAGGCCACACACUUCACUUCCCACAGGAGCUGUUUCUAUAGGAUCACAUUGGGAUCAUCGGGACAACCCACCCAAGGUUGGGCUGGAGACCAUCAAGCUCCACCAUCGCCCCAGCAAUGGGUUCAUGGCCCACCCCAUUCACUUCCCCCACCACCUCCCUGUGCCAAAAAAAAAACCACCCCGACCACCAAACCCCGUCGGGCUUCUUUUAUUUAUUUAUUUCUUUUUUUUAUUAUUAUUUUUUUUUAUUAUUGACUUUUUUUUUUUGGAAACAUUUUCAUCGUUCUCGAAUGUUCUACAUCUGACAGGAAACAUCGGACAGUUACAAACUCUUGGCUGGGAUCUGUCAGGGAGAUCACAAAACCUGAUCUUCAGAACCAAAACCAGAACAGAAAACAAACAGGAAAACAACCCCGAAUUCCAGAUGGACAAACUGAGACUUGGGGGGGGGGGGGCUCUCCAGGGCAGCAGCUCCAGGCCAUGUUCCCUCCGCACCUUGGAGGCUUGGAAGACGUGGUUACUCUUGGGUUUAAAUUCUUUUUCUUUUGGUUUUUUUUGGGGGAUUUCUUUUUGUAUUUAUUUUUGUUUAAAAGAUCCAAUAAUAUUUAAAACCGA